AUGAAGAACCAGACCAAGAUCAAGGAGUUCUUACUCCUCGGAUUCACUGAGAACCACAAUCUAGAAAUCUUUCUCUUUGUGCUCUUUUUAAUCAUGUACCUUAUGACCAUAGCAGGAAACCUACUAAUUAUUAUCAUCACUUUGACGGAUUUCCGUCUCCGAACCCCCAUGUAUUUUUUCCUCCGAAAUUAUGCCAUCUUGGAAAUUGGAUAUACUACUACUGUCAUGCCAACAGCCUUGAUUAACUUGGCAACUGGCAGGAAAACAAUCUCUUUUGCGGGUUGUAUAAGCCAGUCUUUUAUGUAUUUCUUUUUGGGCACCACUGACUUCUUCCUGCUGACAGUGAUGUCCUUCGACAGAUACGUGGCCAUCUGCCACCCUCUACGGUACACCACCAUCAUGAAAGAUAGUUUCUGCACACUCUUGGUGCUGUAUUCUUGGGGAGGGAGCUUCGUCAUGAUUUUUGGCCAAACCAUGCAUGACUAUCAGUUUCCCUUUUGCGGCUCAAAUGUCAUCGACCAUUUCUUCUGUGACAGCAGACCUUUGCAGAAACUUCAGUGUGGAGAUAAACAGCUCCUUGAGCUGAUCGGCUUCAUUUCAGCUGUGUUUUCUCUCAUGGGAACUUUAGCGAUCACCGUCGUCUCUUACAUGAGGAUUAUCCACACCGUUCUCCACAUCCCCACUGCUGCAGGUAGGCAGAAGGCCUUUUCCACCUGUGCUGCCCACAUCACUGUGGUCUCCAUCACCUACGGCAGCUGCAUAUCUAUGUACGUCAAACCGGUGCAAGAUGGUGGGCAAAACUUCAACAAAGUUGUGGCUGUUCUCAACAACGUCGUGUGUCCUCUCAUGACCCCAUUUGUUUACAGUCUGAGGAACAAGCAGGUCCAAAAUGCUUUAAAGGAUGCUUUUGACUGUAAAAUGGUAUCUUAUAAACUGCAGAGGGUCUCAUUGAGGAGGAAAGGGUAA